AUGGGGCGGCUGCCGAAUGUCCCCAGGGAAGGAUAGUUUAUUCGUAUACGUCCAGCCGAAGAUGGAUUGGGUUGGAUUGGAUCUGCUACGGUACGGUACAAGCUAUUGAUGUAACAUAUGAUACGCAAGUCGGUAGUAAUUCUCUCUGGGAAUGUUAUAUGCUUGCUUGCCGUGGGGUUUAGGGUUUGGUCAGGUGCAAGAAAUCAUACAACAAUUUGCCAUGCCAUGUAAGUAGGGAGCCGAGUAGGAAAUCAUAGCAAUCAGUGGUGGGGUUGGUAAAUUGAAUGUGAAAGGAGAUGGGGCGAUGUAAAGUUGGGUUGGAUCGGUGGUCGACCUUCUCACUUCCCAAAUUUAUUUGUCAAUUUCAACGCUAAUGGAAUGGGCUUUAAUCCUAAUUCUGUUCCUAUUGAUUGAAGAAGAAGAAGAAGAAGAAGAAGGGUUCAUUCUGAUAACCUUUUUGGUUUUGUAGAACAGAACAAGAGCAAGACAAAGACUGGCGCAAUCAAUAAAUAGUUGUACAAAAGAAUUAUAAUAGCCCUUUAAUGUAAAAGUAUGUAUAAUGCAGAAUCUUUUCUAGAUUGAAAAUGACCAAAAACUUUAACAAGGCAUCCACAAAGGAAACUUCAAUCUAGGAUACUGUCUAGAAUAGUAUCUAUUUUCCGAAAUAUAAAUAUUUGGAAUUACAAACUUCAAUUAGUAUUGACUUCAAAUCUCACUAUCUUAAAGCAAACCAAAAUUUUGCAUUAAACAUUACAGAGACAACAGUGACAGAGACUCACUCUGUCAAGAUUGAAUUUGUACACAAAAAUAAAACAUUCACAGGAACAGCCAGUGAAUUUUCACGGCUCGCCGCCAUGCACAUAAUUUUUUAUAGAACAUUCAAUGCCAUUUCUAAGGGACAACCACUGCGGGGUGGGUCAGCAACAAGGCUGUGUACUGUCACUGGAAUCCACCACUUUCAUUUCAAGACUCGGGUGUGUGAUCACUGGGACCCUUUUGAUGCCUGCUAGUUGCUCUGCUGAAGAUGGAUUCAGGAUUUUCCUUGAGUUCCUGUUGAUUCAAAGACAGGUAGAAGGUUGCAGUAGUAGUGGGUGAAGUAGCUAGGGCUGAUGAGAUGCCCAUUAGGAAUCCGCAAAGCUCCCAUUAGUUUCAUACUUCACAGCAGUUGUGGCCAUGUAACACAAAUGAUAGAAAUUGAACACAAGUGCAGGCAGCAGGCAGGCUGGCUUCUUACACUAGGGCUUGCUGACUCAUUCCUCAUCCCUUCCCCUCCCAAGUUGCCGGCUGAUCAAUGAACCCAAAUUCUAGUGUCAAAGUUACCAGCUAGCUGCUGCAUGUUAGGCAGCAAGAGAUGAUCGUAUUUAGCGGAUCUCGCCGAUUUGAGGCCCGCUGCCGCCUAGCCAUUAUGUGCCCACAAAAUUAAAACCUUCUAAAUUUGUAACAUCAUAAAAAAGGUCGAGUUUUUUUUUUGGGGGGGGGGGACUUGAGAAAGUUUUCAAUCCCAAAAUAAUGAAGUUUUAUCAAAAAUCGGAUAUUUAUGGGGUUGAAGCUUUGUUUGGGAGAGAACUAAUAACAAUGGCAUUGGAUGAAAAAAGAGUGGAAGAUAUUUUUCUUAUGUAACAUUUGUUAAAAUAAGAUAAGUUUGUAUCAAAAUAAAUUUGGAAUAUUUUUCAGAUUAAGAUAUAGAAUAGUCAAGAUAAAAUUACGAAGUAUUUCAAAAUUUUUAUUAAAUUAUUUGUUAAAUUUUUUAAAAUGUAUUGUAAGAUACAAACGUAAUUUUUUCUUAUUUGUAAGGACCAAUAUAUGCUUAUCUUGAAGGAAGAUAUAAGCAUAUCUAAAAUAAGUCAUAUAAGAAGUUACAUAAUUUCUUUUUUAAGAGUUGCGAAAUAAAAUUAAUAAACACAUUAAAAAUAAUGAUAUAUACUUAAUAUCAUCAAACUACAAAAAUAAAGUUGUACAUCUAUCUGCAAUAUUAGAGAAGUAGUAGUAAGUAAAAAGUAUUUGUAUCCAACGUCUCCUUUUCAUUGCAUAUAUAGCAAUGUGAAGGUGUCUGAAACUUGGGUAUAUAUGGCCAAGCCAUUUGACAAUGGCUAGUUUGAUCAGCUCAUCAUCAAGUCCUCCCUCCAAUCCCCCCAGAAUUGGAAAUGGGAGUUGGAGGGGCAAAACGACGCACUAGUGCUUGGUGUUUUGGCUUGGCUCCAUCAUUCGUCCACUCUCUCUCUCUCUACAUGUAUAUGCAAUAAAUGGCGGGCGGAUUAAUGAUGGAUGGAUCGAUUAUAACUAAUACUUCAAUUCCCAGCAGCAUAUUUAUAUAUGCUCGCACCUACUAUAUAUAUAUAUAUAUAUUCACUCAUUCCAAGGCUAAGCAGCUAGCUAGCUAGCUCAUCAUUUAAUUAUAUUAUAUCAUGUGUGUUGUGCACAACCAACCUGCACAACAAGAAAGAAUUCAUGCUACCUGGUACGUAGUAGGCAUAUAUAUAUAUAUAUAUAUGCCGACCCUAGCCGGCCGGUUUCCAUUGAUUAAUAUUUUUCCAACAGCUCUACUAAUUGCUAUAAAUAGGCAGACCAUCCUCAUCUACGUUCUCGUAUCAUCACUCGAUCCAAUUCCAUCCGGUAUAGUAGAAGCUAGAGAAGCAAAUCCAUCCAUAUAUAUUAAUUAUAUAUGGCCUCCUCUAGCAGUAGCAGCAACAAGCUGCAGGUCAUGAUCCUUGCAGCAGCAGUGGUUCUGCUAAUCAUUUGCCCAAGCGUGACGGUGGCCACGCAAUACUGGGUGGGAGACUCCGCCGGCUGGACUAUAGACUUCAAUUACACAGCCUGGGCCCAGGAUAAAGCUUUCUACGUCGGGGACUCACUAGUGUUCAAGUAUACGCAGGGAGAUCACAACGUGUUCAAAGUGAACGCCACGGCCUUCAAAGACUGCAUCAAGCCUCCUCUAAAUGAAUCCCUCGCCACCGGGCACGAUGAAAUCAAGCUCUUGACUGCAGGCAGAAAAUGGUACAUCUGCGGCGUUGCCACCCACUGCGCCGACCACAACCAGAAGCUCGUCAUCACCGUCGUCGAGACACCCGCUUCCGCACCCGCCCCUCAGUCCGACUCUGCUCACCGCACGCUUACUUCUGCCUCCUCUCAACUACUCGUCGUCUUCCUUCUUGCCACCAUCCCGGCGCUGCUACUGCUCGCUUAAUUAUAUAUCAUCAUCAUCAUCAUCAUCGUCAUCAUAAGACGAUAUUAUAUUUUCCUAAUAAGUAAUUGUUAGCCACACUCGGCCGCCGCCAGCUUCUUGAGAGAGAAAGAGAGAGAGUCAAAAUUGCUGGGAACUGCAACUCCACCAUUUUCUUUCGUUUUUUUUUCUCUUCAUGUACGCUUUGCACUUUUGGGAUGAACCCAUAUUUUAACUUUGAAAACGAAUAAAAAACACCAUACAUGUGGUGUUGUUUGCCAUUGUAGCGUUUAUUCAUUCGAAAGGUUGCGUUUGAAACUAUAAAUUUUUAGGCUCCUACCAGCUUAGCUAUAUUUAUUUACUUGUUUAGUAACAAUGCCAUUAUUACUUA